CCACUAACGUUGUCUCUUUGUUUUGUCUCUGCAAACUUCAAGAGGGUAGAUUAAGCGCUUGUCGCAGUAGUUGAUUGAAAAGUCCAGAAGAUGCGCCCGACCUUUUCUAAAUUCAAAGUGCACGCACAAGGACGGAUUUAGCAAACUUGAAAAAACUAUUUUAGACCUAUCAAGACCGUAAAGGCGUUGGUGGUAUAGUGGUUAGCAUAGCUGCCUUCCAAGCAGUUGACCCGGGUUCGAUUCCCGGCCAACGCAGUAUUUUAGAGUGAUUUAAGUCAAAAAUAACAACAGCUUAGGCUGUGCAGAACCAGUACCGUUAUAACAUUAAAUUUGGUUAACAUAAUCGGUAGAAAAAAAUGCUUCAACAAAGAAAACAACAUGCUUCUUGAGAUCACAACAUGUGCUUCACGCACGCACGCAUGCAUACUCACACACACAUACACACACACACACACACAGACAGAAAGUUAGCAGUGGAUAUUAAUAAUAAAUGCAGACACGGCUCUAGAGACACAUAAAACCAUCAAAGGGGAAAGUCUCUCCUCCAGCCAGUAGCUACUGUACAUUAAUUUGGAACCCUUUAUUCAUUGGUGUUAAUCCUGCUUACUCUCCUUUUUCCAGUGUUGCCAUGGAUAUGCUAUUCCUAUGGCAACUGCAUGCCUUUGUGGAUGGCCUUGGGCCCCACCAUAGAGGACUCUCUGAACCUUUCAUUAGACAUUUUCUUCAAGCUCACAGAAAAAUCACACAGGACGCACAUGGCCCAACUCUGUCUCUCUAAUUAUGGCCUUUUCUCUUCUUUUUGCCCUCCACUCCUCUUUAUUGUGUCCUCGUGCUGCUCUACCCUUUUGUUUCUUACUGUAAACCCCUCGCCUUCAUUCUCAUUACAUAAAAAAACGAUGUGUUCUGGUAAAUAUAGCUAAUUAAAUGACAGUGCUGGUAGGCAAUUGUGAUCCGAUUUGUUUCACAAUUUCGCCACGCUCCAUGUUUCCUAAUUUUCAGUGGCAAUGGAAACCAGAGCUCCACUUAAAAGAUGCAUGAGAUGUCUUGAGGAAUGAAGAAUAGAUACGGAGGCUUGUCUGGAGAAAGUGUUUCUGUGUCAAGGUGAAAGGCAGGGAUGGGAGUGGUUUGUGCAGACAGCAGCGAGGUUGUCUGGGCUCUGAACCUGAAGCAGAGUCCGGUUGUGAGUGAUCGUGUACGUGUGCAGCAGGUGGGGGAUCUCCACCUGCUGAAUGAACUCUGUUAGCAUCGGGGAGUAUCAUGGGCUACGGGUGGGCGCGGCCCUGCUCAGCAUCGUGGCCGGCUGCAUCAUUAUUGGGGUGUCCAGGGAAUGUGAUGCUGAUGCUGUAGGAGGUAUCUUCCUUGGAGCUGGAGGCCUUGGCCUGCUCAUUUCCGUCUUUCCUUUCAUAAAAGCGUGGCUGAACAUCAACAACAUCUUUCCAUCUUUUGGAAACUUCAGAGUACACCCGGCAGUGAUUGAUCAACCAUCUGAGACACUGAGACGAGAGGGAACUCAGAGUCAGCUCCAACUGGAACGUUGCAAGAGUCGUAUGGGAACAUUUGUGGAGGGAGGACCAACGGCUGAACCCAACCCAGACGAGGGGACUUCAGACAUGCCAGAUGUCUUAUCGAGACGGAAACAGAAACAGUCAUCCACUGAUCAGGAUCUGCCGUAAUAAUAAGCACGAUGGAGCAACCAAACUAUCCUGAGAUCGGCUCAUCAUGUUUAAACUAUGUGGUCUAAUAAAUCAAGAAUAAAUGAUAA